CAAACUAUGAAGACUCGUAUUGACGCAUUGACUGUUGCAUUGUCAUCCAUUUUUGUUUGUAAGUUUUUGUAAGUGAAAAUUCACAAACUAACAAAAAUGUCGCUACUACUUGUAUCUCGUUCCCAACGAAUUUUUAAACUGAAACACCUUAUUUCACCUAACCGUGCACCAACCAUCAAUCGCACAUUUUUCGAAACCAACGGUCAGAUUCGGGGAAUCGAUCACCUGCGGGAACCCAAACUGAACAAAGGUCUCGCCUUCACGCUGAAUGAGCGUCAAUCGCUCGGCAUUCACGGACUGCUCCCACCCAAGAUUCGCACAUUGGACGAACAGUUGGAGCUGUGCCGAAUUGUGAUCUCUCGCUACAAGGAAGACCUGAACAAGUACGUCUACCUGGUCGAGCUGCACGAUCGCAACGAGAAGCUAUUCUUCCGACUGCUGACGGAAGACAUCGAGAAGAUGAUGCCGAUCGUCUACACGCCGACGGUGGGACUGGCCUGCCAGAAGUUCGGGGUAAUAUUCCGACGGCCACGGGGGUUGUUCGUGACGAUCAAUGAUCGUGGCCACGUGUACGAAGUGUUGAAGAAUUGGCCCGAGAUGGAUGUGCGGGCGAUAGUGGUGACGGACGGUGAACGGAUUCUGGGGCUCGGCGAUUUGGGAGCGCAAGGCAUGGGAAUCCCGGUGGGGAAGUUGGCCCUGUAUACGGCGCUGGCUGGGGUAAAGCCACACCAGUGCUUGCCGAUGCUGAUCGAUGUUGGAACGAAUAACGAGGAGUUCUUGAACGAUCCGUUGUAUAUUGGGCUGAAACAAAAGCGUGUGAGCGGGGAGGAGUAUGAUGAGUUAAUCGAUGAGUUCAUGGCGGCCGCGGUGAAGCGAUAUGGGCAAAACACUCUGAUUCAGUUUGAAGAUUUUGGGAAUAGAAACGCUUUCAAAUUCUUGGCUCGGUACAGAGACACGUACUGUACGUUCAACGAUGAUAUUCAGGGGACGGCGUCCAUUGUGGUGGCUGGGUUGAUUGCGUCGCAGAAGAUUGUAGAGAAAACAAUGUCUGAACAUACAUUUCUAUUCUUUGGUGCGGGCGAAGCAGCAAUUGGUAUUGCCAAUCUUCUGGUGAGAGCAAUGGAGUCAGAAGGUAUGUCGACUGAACAAGCUUGUGAGAAGAUCUGGAUGUUCGAUAAGCAUGGAUUGUUAGUAUUAGAAAGAGAGAAGGAAAACUUGGAUUCGCAUAUGGUUCGCUACGCGAAAGAUAUAUGUCCAACGAAGGACUUUUUGGCAAUCGUCAAAGAGAUUAAACCAUCAGUGCUGAUUGGAGCAUCGGCCGUUGCUGGAGCUUUCAACGAAGAAGUACUGAAAUCUAUGAGAGAAUGUAACGAACGUCCAAUCAUAUUCGCCUUGUCAAACCCAACGGCAGUCGCAGAAUGUACACCCCAACAGGCAUACGAUGUUACGGAAGGUACUUGUUUAUUUGCGUCAGGGUCACCAUUUCCGCCGGUUCAGAGAGAUGGAAAAACCUUCAUCACUGGUCAAGGAAAUAAUGCGUAUGUCUUUCCGGGUGUGGCUUUGGGCGUUAUUGCCUCCGGAAUUCAUCACAUUUCAGACGACAUAUUUCUGACGGCAGCGCAAGUCAUUUCCAGGAAGGUUUCUGAGGAAGAUUUAUCCAAAGGUCUACUGUAUCCUCCGUUGAGUAGUAUUAAGCAGUGUUCAAUCGAAAUAGCUGUUGCAGUGGUUGAGUAUGCUUAUAAGCAAGGCAUUGCUUCCAGGUAUCCCGAGCCGGAAGAUAAACUGGCUCUUGUCAAGUCACACCAAUACUGCUUCCGCUACGAGCCAUCACUUCCUGCAACCUGGGCCUGGCCGGAGCAGCAUUUUAAGCCCCACGGAGCAUCCAAGGAUCCAUGUUCAAAUAAUUAACAAAAAUAUAUGCAUAGUUGGAAAUGUUUUCAUCUUGAUUGGGACUUAAAUGAGUGCUUCUUUUACAUAAGUACAUGUUGACAAAAUGAAUGUAGAAGAACAUAAGAAAUAGG